AUGGCCCUCUACUUCGAUUCAUGGGCGACUGAGAUGUUGGCCGUCCUGUCAACGCUUUUCAUGAUAAUGUAUGUAACGUUUAAAAUCAAUUGCACGUACUGGAAGAAGAAAGGUCUGCCAUAUAUGGAGCCGUCUUUCCCACUGGGAAAUGGCUGGAACCCAAUACUAAUGAGGAAAUGCCUGGGCGAAGAUAUGAAAGACGUGUACUUUGAAACAGAAGGCAAAGCUGUCGUCGGUAUUUACUCAUUAAAUAAUCCUCUUCUCGUUGUGCGGGAUCCAGAACUUAUCAAAAUGAUCAUGGUGAGGGAUUUCAACUACUUUCCUGACCGGGGCAUCUACGUAGACGAGGAGACAGAUCACCUGUCGGCGCACCUCUUCUUCCUCGGAGGAACCAAGUGGCGGUCUCUGCGCCAGAAGCUGACGCCCACGUUCACGUCGGGAAAAAUGCGCGCCAUGUUCGGCAUAGUGCUCGACUGCGCUCGUAUUAUGGUUGACGUCAUACCCUCGGGCAGAGAUGUGGAAGUCCGUGAGCUGGUUGCCCGCUACUCUACUGACGUCAUCGCUUCCUGCGCCUUCGGCAUCGACGUCGACAGUCAGCACUAUCCUGAGGCGGAGUUUCGGCAAUGGGGGCGGCGCUUCUUCCAGACAUCCCUGCGCUCUUACCUUACUCUGUCUCUGGGAUUCUCUAAUCCCAAGCUGCGCACCCUGCUGCCUUUACCCUUCACACCGAAGGAUAUCGCGGAUUACUUCACACGCGUUGUUGAUGACACAGUCAAACACCGAGAGAAGACAGGUAUCAUCAGGAAGGACUUCAUGCAGUUGAUGAUUCAGUUGAAGAACAAUGGAUAUGUUGAUGACAGCUUCUCAAUCACUGGGAAGAAGGGUGCUGAACAUGGAAAUAAGACACUGACGACCAAGGAGAUGGCAGCACAGGCGUGGGUGUUCUUCCUCCGGGGGUUCAAGACCUCUUCCACCACCGUAAGCUUCUGCCUGUACGAGCUCUCUAGACAUCCAGAUAUCCAGAAGAAACUGCAAGAAGAAGCUGAUGACGUAAUAAGAAAGACCAACGGUAAUGUGACGUAUGAUGAUAUAAUGACCAAGAUGCCAUACAUGGAAAAGGUGGUAAACGCAUUGCAGGACUUCGCCAAAGAUGCUCUUAGAUUCUACCUGGACAGUAUCACAAAUACUUCACGUAUAUUUGGCUACUCUUCAGGUGAGAGAAUACCUGAGAUGGCCGUCUUAUCUGUGGCAGAAUUUAGUUUUGGCAUGCGUUUCGGGUUGAUGCAGGUGAAGACGGCAAUAGUACAUCUGCUGUCGAAAUUUGAUAUUCUGCCCGUCGGAGACAUGCAGUCGAAGCUACGCAUGGCUCCAAACACUGUAGUGCUGACACCAAUCGGCGGAAUCCACCUGAGGUUGGAGCGGCGGCAAGAUGGUAAAAUUGAAGAUGAACUCUAUCGAGAAUCUACCGUCGCUGAGAGGGAAGAAAAAGAAAGUAUUCUGGCAAGUGUCAAGGGAACCAUCAAAGGUGUAGCAACCAUUAUCCUCCUCGACAUAGGUGCGAGUGUAUCGGUGAUGAACGCACAAUUUUUUAAGAAGGUAAAGACGGCGAUCGUACAUCUGCUGUCAAAAUUUGACAUUCUGCCUGAAGGAGACAAGCAGCUACGCAUGGAUCCAAGCCUCCCAGGACUUAUACCGAUCGGCGGAAUCAACUUUUGGGGUUCGAGCGGCGACAACAGCCUGCGUGCUGAAGAUCUUCUGCUGCUGUGGACAGCUCUGUAG